AUGGUGAUGCUGCUAGUGUGUCUCGAGCCCGAGACCAACUUAUUUGAUCAGCUGCAGCUGCAGACAGCAGUGGAGACAGCGAGCGGCGUGCAGCUGCUGCGGCUGUCCCCGCAGCAGCUCUACGACUUGUGGCAGCAGCAGCAGCUGUUGCUGCUGCACCCCGAUGGCAGCAGCAGCAAGUGGAAAUCCGCCAGGGCAGCAGACGAGCCCUGCCCGCCCGCAGGCCGUCUGCUGCUCCGCAGCCUGCCUCCAGGCCGCGGCCCCCGCUGCAACUGCCCCCAGCAGCAGCAGCAGCAGCAGCAGCAGCAGCAGCAGGAGUCCAGCUGCUGCUGCUGCUUGCACGAAGUGUCGCUGCUGCUGCUGCGGUCGCUGUACUGCCCCAGCCACUACCCACACGAAGGCAUUUGGCAGCUGAGAGAAAUGCUGGAGGUCUCCGACGCAAUUAAAGUCCCUUCAGUUGCUGCGCAGCUCGCGGGCACAAAGAAGGUGCAGCAGCUCUUCAGCAGGGACCUGCAGCAGCUCCUGCGGCUGCAGCAGCAGCAGCAGCAGCAGCAGCGGGGGUGCUCCGCUGCGUCCGCACAGGUAGAAGAUGUCCUGCAGCGCUUCUUGCCCUGCCCAGCAGCAAGAGCAGCAGUUCGCGAAGUGCUGCAGCCCCACGUUGACCCUGCAGACACGCCUUUUCCAGCAGCAGCAGCAGCGCCCGCUGCAGCAGCAGCAGCAGCAGCAGCAAGCACCCCACUGGAAGCCUUGAGUCUAGCUAUGGUCAAAGACGCUGUGGCUAACCCCCAGCUCUAUUUGCUGAAGCCCCAGCGGGAAGGCGGGGGCAACAACGUGUGCGGGCCGCUGCUGCAGCAGCUGCUCUCGCGGCACCUUGCUGCUGCUGCUCCUGCUGCUGCUGCUGCUCCUCCUGGCGCCCACUCUGCUGCUACUGCUGCUGCGUCUGCCCCUGCUGCUGCUGCUGCUGCUGCAGGCCUUGCUGGGAAGGCCCCAGACAGGCUUCAGUCUUACGUCCUCGUGCGGCGCAUGUUCCCUCCUGUGCUGCCUUCUUUGUGUUUGAGAAUGGAAGCAGAGCAGCAGCAGCAGCAGCAGCAAGGGCUCUUUUCGUCGGUGCAGUGCCGAGCCAUUGCAACUGUGGGGGAGCUGGGAGUUUUCAGUGCGUUUCUGUACUGCGGAGAAGGGCAGCAGCUGCUAAGCAGCAGCAACGGCAGCAGCAGCAGCAGCAGCAGAUAUGAGCUCAACGUCAGCUGCGGGACGCUGCUGAGGUCAAAAGCAGCAGCAGCAGAUGAAGGUGGAGUUGCUGCUGGUUACGCCCAGCUGGACUCGCCUUUGCUGUUUGCAGGAGAUGAGGCGUGGGCCCUUGUGCAGCAGCUGCAGCAGCUGGGAAGCACCUGGGCGUAA